CUGAGAGGUGCAUGUUUUAUCCUGAGCAAAAUCUAAACAGAAUGAUAAUCUGGGUUAUUGGCUUCUAAAACUGAGGACAUCCGAAAACUAAGACACUACGGGACCAGGCAGGGAUGCGAACGUGGCCUGACAGCCUGCUCAUGGCUUCAAAGCUGCCAGUGGGCGACCAGACUGCUCGUCCCUCCGGCCACUGGCAGCAGUUACAGCACGGGGCAACUUGAAACGCUCCUGGGGCUACCUCAGGCAACACCGGCCUCCCUCUGGGAGGGGAGAGCCCCGUCAGCACGCCUGUGACCCCCAGUGACAGACAGACAGACACAGCACUGGUAUCGCCUGCAAAGAAGAGGCUAUCAGUGAUCAAUUCAUUACGGCUCCUGUAACACAAGCAAAACCGCCAUCAUGAAACACUUCCUGAGGAUAUUUAUCCAGGUAUGCCUGUAUUUCUACUGCAAGUUCUUGUGGCGCUGCCUGAAAUUUGUGGUGAGGAAACUAACAGGGCGAUGUGAGUUGCAAAGGAUCUGUUACAAUACAAAGCCUGGAGCUGCCAGAACUAUGAAAAUAGAGGCGUCACUGAAAGGUUCAAAAAGUAAGCGUCUGCAAACUUCAGUAAGUGUUCACCCUGAUGCUAUUGAAAAAACUAUAGAUGACAUCAUGGAGUUGAAAAAGAUUAAUCCAGAUAUAAAUCCACAGCUGGGAGUAUCUCUUCAAGCCUGCCUGCUGCAGAUCGUCGGGUACAGGAAUCUGGUUGUAGAGGUUGAAAAGCUGCGCCGAGAGCCGUACGAUUCGGAGAACCCGCAACAUGAGGAAAUGCUUCUGAAGUUGUGGAAAUGCUUGAAGCCCAAUUCACCACUGAAAGCUCGGAUUUCGAAGCAGUGGUGUGAAAUUGGUUUCCAAGGUGAUGAUCCUAAAACAGACUUCAGAGGGAUGGGUCUGCUGGGAUUAUAUAACUUGGUGUAUUUUGCUGAAUGGGACACUGAGGUAGCCCAGCAAGUUCUUUCUGAUUCUCUUCAGCCUAAAUACAGGGAAGUCUCUAAGAAGGAACUAAGCCAAUUCAGCAAAGCUGAAUGGGAGAAGAAAAAGUUUGAUAAGGCAAUUGGCUACUCUUUUGCUAUUGUGGGUAUUAACAUAACAGACCUUGCAUAUAACCUGCUCGUGAGUGGAGCUCUGAAGACCCACUUCUACAAUGUUGCUCCAGAGGCACCAACACUCACCCACUUUCAGCAGACCUUCUGCUACUUAAUGCAUGAAUUCCACAAAUUCUGGGUUGAAGAGGACCCACUGGAUAUAAUGGAGUUCAACCGUGUCAGAGAGAAAUUUCACAAGCGAAUCUUGAAACAGCUCCAGAACCCUGAGAUGGCUUUGUGCCCUCAUUUUGCUGCAUCAGAAAGUUUAAUCAAUAUGUAGUUACUCACUUGAUUUUAUUUGGGAACACUGUCUCACUCUUGUGUUAGGUCACUGUUUAGACCAUCACUAGCAUACUGAAAGACCAUGGCGAUUGUAUGCAUGUUUUUGGUGCAGUACUCAUCUAUUUUUGUCACAAGUACUAGAUCCCCUUAUGCUUCUCUUUGGGGAUUUCUCAUUUUAAAUGGGUGCUCAUAUUGCGGCAUUAUGCAGUGUUACAUUCUGAAUAGAUGUCCAGGUAUCAGAGUUUUUUCUAUUUUUUUAGACUUUCCUCAUAAUUCAGCAUUGAACAAUUGAAUUGUAUUUCUCUAGCUGUGUUUUUGUAUAUGUGGAAUAAGUAGCUGGAUCUUGUAUUGUGAAAGCUUUUUAACUUCUCGGUAUGUUUUAAGAUUAUUGGCAUUUCAAGCAAAAUAUAUGUUUGGACCUCGUCUAGAAGAUAAUGUGUGUAACUUAAUCUGAUGCAGACAAACACAUUAAAGUCCAAUUUUCUCCACACAGCCAUAUAUGCUUAAUGCAGAAUUAAUGAGGCUUAUGAGAUACAAGUUUCAGUAAGAGAUUUAUGCAGAAUUACAAUCAGACUCCACAGCUACAUGAAUGCCAAAUGAUCUGGUGAUGCUAAUACAUUCCUAGUGAAGUGCAAACACACAACUACUGGUUGCCAGCACCAACACCACCAUGCUGAAGCAUAAAUUCCUGCAUGUUCCUUUGGCUGUACUGGGGUUACUAUUCUGUGUCACAUGUUGGAAGGCAAUGUGAUUUGAUCACACCAUGCUUGGUGGAUUCAGGGGAGCAGAAAUGAAUAUAUAUAUUUUUUUGAACUACUAAAACUGUAGCUUUGGUUGUCAAUUCAGUUCAUAAGAACUGGGAGAAAUAAUUGACUAGAAGGUUUAGAGCAAAACCACCUAAGUUUCCUAGACUACUUUAAAAAAUAAAAAUGGCAAACCACAUUUUUUCUAAAAACAUGAAUGAGUGAAAGUGUCUGACACAAAGAAUGUGUAGUAUAUUGAACAGCAUCUACCAUGGCAUUUCAUACCCAUGGUAUUUUUUACCUUCUAAGCAAGCAAUUUUAGUAUUAUGUUUGUGUAAAUCACUUGCAUAUGGAGAUUAAACUCGGAGUAGUGUCCAACUACUUGUGAAUUAUAUGAAUAAAUUAUGUCAUUCUAA